AUGAAUUGUAGAGAAAUUGAAGAAGCAGAGAAGGAUCUAUUUGAAGGGGUUGUUAUUGAUGCAGAGAGGAUUGUGGCCAAUCGCGGAGUGGAGAUUGGAAACGGCGUGCAUGAGAAGGAUAGAGAGGCGCCCGGGAGAUACAAGAGGCUGCAAGCGAUUCUCGGGGAGGGAUCGUUUAAGAAGGUUUACAAGGCGAUUGAUCAGGAGGAAGGAAAGGAGGUUGCUUGGAACGAGAUAAAGAUGGGGGGGAGGGCAUGCGAUGGCAAAGAACGGGUGCUGUUUGCAAACGAGAUAGGGCUGCUAAAGUCUAUUUCGCAUCCAAACAUCUUGAAGAUAUUUGACUACUGGUUUACAGCAGACAGUUUUAUAUUUAUUACCGAGCUAAUGAGUGGGGGAACACUCAGACAGUAUAUAUCUGAGAUUGGAGAUCUGUAUGUGAAGCUGAUUAAGAAAUGGGGGAGGCACAUACUUGAAGGGUUGGUGUACAUGCACAGCCAAGACCCGCCGAUUAUCCAUAGAGACAUUAAGUGUGAGAACAUCUUUGUGAAUGCCGCGCUUGGGGAGGUGAAGAUUGGAGAUCUUGGUGUUGCAAAGGAGCGAAGGAUGAAGCGAUACACGGUUGUUGGAACGCCUCAGUUUAUGGCAAGGGAGAUGUUUGAAGGAGAGGGAUAUGGAGAGAAGAUUGAUGUGUAUGCAUUUGGAAUGUGCUUGAUUGAGAUGGCCACAGGGACAUAUCCGUACAAGGAGUUUAACAGUGCAGCAGAGGUGUAUAAGGCGAUUAUACAAGGGGUUCCGCCCGUUGUGCUAAGCUCGAUCAAUGACGUGUGCCUGAGGAAUCUGAUUAUGAACUGUUUGGUUUCUGAGAAGGACCGGCUGCGUAGUGUGGACUGCCUGAGGCACCAUUUUUUCAGUGCAAGCAAUACAUGCAAUGGAGAGUGUAUUCCGUCUGAGUGUAUGUCUGGCGUUCCUCUUACUGCGCCUGCAAGCGACAUGGAGAUAAGCUUUUUGUCAUUUAAGGACGAGGUGAUUACGUUCCAGCUGUUUUUCAUGAGCAUGGCAAGGUUUAUUAAGUUUGACUAUGACUUGAAUAAGGAUACCGUUGAAGAUGUUGCAAAUGAGAUGCUUGAGGAGGAUGUGGUGUCUGAGGAGCAGAGGGAAGCGCUUGUAACACUACUUUCGAAAGGACUUGAGAAUGCGAAGUCGAAAUACUUGAGGCGUGGCGAAGAGAGGGAUGAGGAAAAGAGCGAGGAGCGGGCUAUUGAGGAAGGGAUUAGGCAGAUGGAAGUGGAUGCUAUGAAGGAGAAGAGCGGCGUUAGGAAUGACUUUAACAAGAUAGGUGAUAGAGAGAUGAGCACAGAAGAUGCAGAGUCUAUGUCUGAGAUGGAUGUGAAGCCAAAUGAGUGUGAAGGGACUGGCAGGAAAGAAGAGCUGGGUGGUUGUGACACAAGGGUUGGGAAUAUAUGCAAGUCGCCUCUGAACUCACCUGAGAUGCUUGGGAAUGUGGAUGGAGGAAUAUCUGAUGAGCAGCGAAGGAUUGCGAUUAUUAAGUGUUUUGACGGGUUGGAGUGUCCUAGCAAGAAGUAUGACAACGAUGUAGUGAUUGAAGAGUUUGCAAUUGAUGUGUCUGUUGCAACGAAGAGAUCACCUGAAACGGCAGGCAACUGGAUAAAAGUGUUUAAGUCGAAUGACAUUGACACUGUUUUUGAGCUGAAGAUUCUUGUGGAUGAAGACUGGGACAAGCUUGACCUUACAGUGUUUUCUAGCAGAGCAAUGAAGAACAUUCUGUAUGGAAUUGACAAGAUUCCACUGAGGGAGAAGCAGCUUCCGACAAGCACGGCUACCAAGGACUAUGAUGGAGAGAUGGGGAUUAGGGAGUUUCUUGAAGAGGUUGCAUCGCAGGUUGGAAAGGAGAAGUGUGUGUCUGUAUGGGAAAGCAAGCUAUUGGCGCAGGACAUACGAACGGUUGAGGAGUUGAGGUCGUUGUACCAGGACGAUUGGGAUAGACUGGGACUGUCUGUGUAUUCGUGCAGAGUGAUUAAGAAUGUUAUUUUUAAGAAGGGAAAAAUUGUGUGUUGCUGA